UAUGAGUCCUCAAGGGCGGUUUUGGUGUGGACUGACAGGACGGGUUCAUCCGGUGUCAAAGCCUCAUAGCCAACGGAGCCACAAACCCUGGAUCUGAUAGUAAGAAAAUGCUGGACGGUGGGGGUGAAGAGUCUACCCCACCAGACCUGCUGGACCUGACCCGCCGGCAUCGUAACUUUCUGCUCUCUGGGCCCAGGGGCGUUGCUGCAACACCUGCCGCAUGAUUGGGAUCUCAAGCGCUUCAACUCCACCUAACGCCGAGGCAUAAAAGCGGCCAGCACCGCAGCACCUCUCCACUCUCCUCUCAGAACCAACUAACCCGCUGAGGAUCAUCCCACCGGCAGCCAUGUCUUCCUUCUCCUCUCACAGCUCCAUCGUCACUUCCUCCCGCCGCGGCGGCAGCAUGGCCUCUGGCAGCAUGCACGGCGGAGUCGGCGGAGUCCGCGUCUCCAAAGCCUCCUUCUCGUCCUCUUCCGGCGGCGGCUUCAAGAUGGGUGAGGCCCUGGACGUGUCCACCAACGAGAAGGCCACCAUGCAGAACCUCAACGACCGCCUGGCCACCUACCUGCAGAAGGUGCGCUCCCUGGAGAAGGCCAACGCCGAGCUGGAGCUGAAGAUCAGGCAGUACCUGGAGAGCAAGGCUCAGCCUGAAGGUCAUAACUUCACCGCUUACUACGCCCGCAUUCUGGAGCUCCACAACCAGAUUGUUGCUGCUCGUCUGGGAAACGCCAACGUCCUCCUUGCUAUCGACAACGCCAGGCUGGCGACUGAUGACUUCAAAAUAAAGUAUGAGAAUGAGUUGGCCAUGCAUCGGUCUGUGGAGACCGACAUCCUUGGGCUGAAGAGAGACCUGGACGAGCUGACGCUGAGCAGAGCAGACCUGGAGCUGCAGGUGGAGAAUCUGAGGGAGGAGUUGAUCUUCAUGAAGAAGAACCAUGAGGAGGACCUGGUGGGUCUGCGGGCUCAGGUGGGAGGUCAGGUGAACGUGGAGGUGGACGCAGCUCCUCAGGAGGAUCUGACCACAGUCAUGGCCGGAAUCAGAGAACAUUAUGAAAACGUUGCUGCCAAGAGUCGCAGAGAAUGGGAGACCUGGUUCCAGGCCAAGUCGGCAGAGCUGACUAAAGAGGUGGCCGUCAGCACUGAAAGCCUGCAAACAUCCAAAUCUGAGUUGGGGGAGUUCAAACGAACUGUUCAGAACCUGCAGAUCCAGCUGCAGGCUGAGCAAAGCAUGAAAGGAGGUCUGGAGGUGACUCUGGCUGAGACCAAGAGCCGAUACUCUGUCACGCUGGCAGGUUACCAGAGGCAGGUGGGGACCCUGGAGGAGCAGCUGACACUGCUGAGGUCUGACCUGCAGCAGCAGGUGACUCAAUACACAACCCUGCUGGACAUUAAGACUAGGCUGGAGAUGGAGAUCGCCCAGUACAAGAGACUGCUGGAUGGAGAGAACAGCUCCCUCGCUUCGUCCACCUCCACCAGCACAACCACCAAGACAACCCGCGUGGUGACCAUCGUGGAGGAGGUUGAUUCCUCUGGAAAAGUCACAACCAGCACCACCAGCAGCUAGACUGGGAAAACAAACGCACCCAUCAGAUGUCGUAAACUCCAUCUGUGCUGAUCAGCGCUAUGCAAUAAAUGCAAAGUCGGACAA